CCAUGAAGUUGAUGGAAUACCAAAACAAACGUGGAGGCCGCGUCUUGCUUCAUGGUAUAAUGAAACCUUGUGAAACGACAUGGGGAAACGGUCUGGAGGCCAUGAAACAUGCCCUGGUCUUAGAAAAAGACGUGUACCAGGCAUUGCUUGAUCUGCACAAUACAGCUUCAAGGAACGAAGAUCCACAGUUGCAAGACUUCUUAGAGUCUAAUUACCUCGGUGAACAAGUGGACAGCAUCAAGCAGCUCUCCGACUACAUUAACACCCUUAGCCGUAUGGAGGCAGCUGGACAAUAUGCUCUUGGCGAGUACCAGUUUGACAAGAUCACCCUUGGGGGAGAGAAGAAAGAUUAAUUUUUUUUUUAAUCAAUGUAUAACUUUACUUAUGUGGACUUGGACUGAUUUCUUGGUUUUUGAUUGUUACUGAAAUAAGUUUUUAUUAAAUGCACACAACUUCUGUGUGGUGCAAUUUUUUUUUUUGUAGUUUCAGUGGUUGGAGGUAUUUCGAUUACCAACCAAAGUAGAGUUAAUGAUUUUAAAGAAGUGUUCCAUGGGAGGUUUUGACUUCUUCAGUUUUAAAUGAUGGCUUGGUGUGUCUAACAUUUUGGUGAAUCCUAGCUUGUGAGCUGACCUUUAUUAGAAGCGCUUUGGCAUGAGUGUUUCAUCACCUACAGGGAACUAAGUAUGAAGCCUUGAGCAACUCAAUGCGGCAAGAGGUCUGGAUGGGGUGUAGCACUGAUGAGUCCAAGACUCCUGGCAAACCUCUUCCCAGCUGGUCUCAAAUCUUCCUGCGGACAGGGAAACGCAUGUCCUGCAGCACUGAUAUUGAGGCUUGCUCGCAGAUUAGGUGAAUCCUCUUGGCAAGUGACCCUCAGAAAUUUACCUUUGAUUGUUCAAUUUAGGUCUGGGAACAGUGUAUCCCGAGAUAGUUGAAUGUUGAUUGUAUGCCACAAAAUUGCAGAGAAUUGUUGUGAGAUCAGUUUUUUUAACAAGAUUGUUUUUCUGGCAAUGUUUUGCAAUUGAGAUAAUAAACGGUUUGUGACCAAUGUUUCAGAA